CCGUCUCUGGUCACGUGACGUAACGGGACCGUCCCGUGACAACAUGUCAGGUGGCUAAGUUAGCUAGUAAGCUAGCUGCACUUAGCGGACCAAAUGAUGUGGCUCGAGAGAAAAAGAAAAAAAUCCCGGAUUGCUACGUGCCAGCGACGAAACAACCGCGGAGUCAGAGAGAUGAAUCCGAUACAGUGAAGACAACCCCCACGGGCUCAGCCGACACGACCCCUGCCAUGGCAGCCGGUGUCAGCAUACUGAGCGACCUGCCUUACUCCACGAGUGAAGCUCACAGUGAAGAGAUCAGCGCGGAGAUGGAGACAGCCAAUGCCAGGGUCCCUACUGCAAAGUACACUAAGAUGGGGGAGACCCUGAGGCACGUCAUCCCCGGUCACAUGCAGUGCUCCAUGGCCUGCGGAGGGAAAGCCUGCAAAUACGAGAACCCCUCUCGCUGGAGCGAUGAGGAGCAAGCCGUCAAAGGACUCUACUCAUCCUGGAUUACUGACAACUUGCUAGCUAUGGCAAGGCCUUCCACUGAAAUCAUAGAGAAAUAUAAUGUAAUUGAACAGUUUCAAAGGUGUGGUUUGAAGACGGUCAUUAACCUGCAGCGGCCCGGAGAACACGCCAGCUGUGGCAACCCGCUGGAGCAGGAGAGCGGUUUCACGUAUCGACCCGAAACCUUCAUGGAGGCAGGAAUUUAUUACUACAACUUUGGGUGGAAGGAUUACGGUGUGGCUUCUCUGACUACAAUCCUUGACAUGGUGAAAGUCAUGUCAUUUGCCGUCCAAGAAGGGAAAAUGGCUGUCCACUGCCACGCCGGUCUUGGAAGAACAGGUGUGUUGUUGGCUUGUUACGUGGUUUUCACGUCCCGGAUGAGCGCCGACCAAGCCAUCCUUUUUGUACGAGCCAAGAGGCCCAACUCUAUCCAGACCAGAGGCCAGCUGCUGUGCGUCAGAGAGUUUGCCCAGUUCCUGGUUCCCCUCCGAAGCGUCUUCUCCUGUGCAGAACCCAAAGCGAGUGCCGUCACCCUGUCGCAGUACCUCAUCCGCCAGCGCCACCUGCUGCAUGGCUACGAGGCCCGACAGAUGAAGAACGUGCCAAAGGUCGUCCAGCUGGUGUGCAGGCUCCUCAUCGACAUCGCGGCCAACAGACAGGUGGUGAUUGAGGAGGAGUGGUUGGAGAUCCCCGACCUGACAGCCGAGGUGGAGAAGACCGUGUCCCAGCAGGCCCUCCAGCAACUCGGGAAGGAGAUGAGGGGGAAGGGGAUCCCCGUCCCUCCUUGUUCAUCUAAUGCCCUCGGCCAACCCGCUAUGCAGUCCGGACCCCCUCCCGACCAGCCCCUCGUCAGUGAUUGUGAGCUCGACCCUGUGUGGAGGAAGCAGGAUGCAGCAAGCCCUCUGAAGUCCUCCCUGUCCAACAACAGGAGCCUCAGUUACAGCGAUUCCGUGCUUCACAAAGUUGGAGAACGGCAGCACCAUCUUGGGAAUUGGAAGAGCAACAAUCCAAUCAGCCACCCAAUCAAACAUUCCUUGUCUCACAGCAACCUUACAGCCUGCAUCUCCCCCAGAUUUGACGACCCCUCUCCUCGGGACAUUCUCCGCAGCAUUAAGGUCCCCGAUACAGACGCAAAGCAAGACGCGGGAUCCCCCUUAUUCAAAAAGCAACUCCGCCAUGGGCAUCAGAGUUUGCCUUUCAACAUGUGCGAGCAGGGAAGAAGACCUCACUGUGACGCAACGCUGCCAGCCUUAUCAGGCAGGGGCAAAGCGCUGACCGGCAGGGAGCAUUCGGAUGUGGACGUGUCAGCGGACGGAGGAAAUGUCAGAGAGGUUCCCUUUAUCACCUUCCAGUCUGAGCUGUCUCCAGAGGGCAGACGCCUGCUGGUGGCCAAAGCUCUGGCCAUGGACCUGACGGACAAGGAUUUGACCUCCAAGGUCUCAAUGUGGCAGACGGAGCUGAACUCCAGAGAGGGAGCGUGGGAGAGGCUGUGCGUGGAGAGAGAUCCUCUGGUCCUAUCCGGUCUGAUGUGGUCCUGGCUGGAGCAGCUCAAGGAUCCAGUCAUCAGCAGCGAUGAUGUGAAGGCCCUCAGCGAGAAGAACGUCAACCCACAAAACGCCCUGGACUCGCUGGAAAAGGGCCACAGGCUCACUCUGCUCUGCAUCCUCGACUGUGCUGCUCAUCUCCUGCCAAUGCCUGAGGAAGUGGAGGCCAGUUUUCUCAACCAAACAAUAAAAGUGUUUACUACGAUCGACCCCGCCUCAGAGAAGAGCGAGCAUCUGUACGCGACACUCAAAGAAACCCUGACCCCCGUCCUUCAUGAGCUGCGCGACAAAGCUGUGGAGGAGAACGAAGACUCUUGAUCCAGGCCUCAACGGGGCCGAUCUGAUGAGACUUUUGGGAAUUAUGUAUUUUAAGCAAGUUCCUCGCAUCAGAUACCGCUGAGAUCUGCCAAUCUUUAGUCUCUCAAGAUAUUUGAAGACUGCGUAAUUUGAAGGUUUAGCGUUUUUUAGUUUUCCUUUGGAAGCUCUUAAUAGUCUCUAAGCACUGCCAUCCUCUCUGUUAAUGUGCCACCGUGCUCAGUUUUUUGUUUGUCAUAAGUGUAAUAUUUGUGUGGGGACUAGAUGUCGCUUUUAUUGUCAAACUGUUAAGUCGGUUGGAAGAUGACGAGAAACGUUCUAUUUAAACGUUUAAACGUGUGACUCGGGCUGUCAAAAAGCUGCCGGCCUUUGACUUCUUAUUUAAACCAAAAUGUUUUUACACUGUGCAGAUGCUACAACGUGUCUUAUUUAUUCAGAUCUCCCGAUUUUAAAACAUGCAGCGAUCGGUUUGCUGCGCGCUCUGCUUAGCUCACGUAGAAUGGCAAGUGUAUCUCUUCAGAGUCAAAUGCAAACUGUGGCUACUGUUGUGGCAAUGCAAACUCGACAGGCCACACAGUGCAUUUUUCAAUCGAUUUUUUUAUGUCCUCAACACCGCGUGCACCAAAAAAAACCUCUCGUACUGUUCUGUUGUUCAUGUAUUUGUCAAACAUCGAUCUGCCUCCACUGUUGCAUUUGGCACAGUGCUGCCUGCCUCAACUCCACCGGCCUCUUGCCUGUGUCCUGCUGCUGUGUGUAACGUGGCCUCGCCUGUGUGUGUGUGUGUGUGUGUGUGUGUGUGUGUGUGUGUGUCUCGCCUCCAAUGUCUCGUGUGUGGAUACAAUGUAAUGUUGAUCUGCUGACACGUUCUGAAUGGUAAUAAUAAUAAUAACAAAGGACAUGAGACGUUGUACUGUGGGAAAUUUUUCCGACAAGCACUAUUUUCUCAUUGUUACAACGGGCUACUUACAUAAUUAAACUCAACUGACUGCAAGCUGUGUCGAAGCGCGUGUUAAUCUUUUUACAGGCCGUUUAACCCAUUUUAGGAUGAGCAGCUUUUAUUGUUGGCAUACGGCUCAGAGGGAAAGGAAAGUGUGCCUCCUCCUGGUGUUUCCUCCUCCUGGU